AUGCAGAAUCAAAUGACCUCCUUUAGCACAUCCAAUAAUAAUAAUAUUGCUAUUCAUCAUCAUCAUCAUCAAACUCCUCAUACUUUCAUUAGUGAUCAUAAUAAUCUCAAUCAUCACAAGUAUACUAAACGUGUUCAUAACAACAACGAUAACAAUCACAAGAACGUUCUUCUUCGUGUUAGUGGUGCUGGCCAAGCCUGUGCUGCCUGCAAAUACCAACGUAGAAAGUGUGCCCCUGAUUGUGCUCUUGCACCUUAUUUUCCUCACGAUCGCCAACGCCAGUUUCUGAACGCUCAUAAAUUGUUUGGUGUCAGCAGCAUUACCAAGAUCAUUCGCCACCUUGAUCAGCCGUUGAAGGACGAGGCAAUGAGGACCAUCAUCUUCCAAUCUGACGUUCGCGCUAAUGAUCCUGUUGGUGGUUGUUAUCGUAUUAUCAGAGACCUGCAACACCACAUUGAUUAUUGCAAAGCAGAGCUGGAUAUCGUUCUUCAUCAACUCGCUUAUUGCAGGGCACAGGCUGUUGCUGCUGCUGCUGUAUCAGAACAACAACAGAUAUUAACAGAUCAUCAUGCAGCUGAUCAGGAAUCAUUCAAUGAUAAUAAUUGUGAUGGUGUUGUGAAUCAGGCAGACCCUUUGGUGAAUUACAAUAAUGCAUCUCCGUAUGAACAACAGCCAAUAGAUCAAUACCAUCCUCAUUAUAGUUAUUACAAUCAUCCUCGUGAUCAGCAAACGGAAGAUGAUCAGCAAUAUGAUGAAAUUCAAGAUGGUCAAUUAGAUUUAGCAGAUAUAAACUUCCCUUGGAGUUUGCAUGAACAAGAAUCCACGUCUACAUCGGCUCCCAAUUCUAUGAUGAAGCAACUAUCUGUUAAUGACCAAUGUGACAAUAUCAAGGAGCCUAUUCUUGAGGGGAUUUCAGGUUUCGGAAGUUUUGAACAGGACCAAACAUUUGAUCAACACAGCUAUUCAACAAGGGAACAGACUCCCAUCGAAGGAAGAGGAUGAAUCCAUACAAAAUGCUGGAAGAUCAAGAUCUAAAGGCGCUGCUAAUCUGUUUACCUUCACAAAUGUUACUGCGCUGAAUUUUUGUAGUAGAGAGAUCCGCAAGAGGAAAUUUCUAAGUCAACCGACUUCACAAUUUUGCCCGAACUCCCAACGAGCAGUGUAUAUUUUGUUCUUCCUUUCUUUUAAGUGUCAACCAAUCAAUCAGUAUGCAAAACUAGCUUCCAUUCGUCUGCUGAGGUCUUCACUCAUCAUAAAGCUCAUGCAGUUCGAAUCCAGAUGGUUUUACUGGAAAAACAAAAACUGAUAAUUUUAGAUAUGUGAGUAAUAAAUAGGCAGUAAGAAAAUUAGAUUUACUUGUUUACUCGUGAUUUCAUGUGCCAAAUUAUAGUGAUGGUGUACAUUCACUAUUCUCAUUUCUUGAUACAAAUAGUUUAACUGGGAAAAGAAAGGCAUCAUGAGUUUAGGUUUGCAGAGUUACUAGAUGUUUCAUGGGUCAAAUGCUAGUUGUACUUUGUUUUCACUACUCUAAAGCAACUUCCCUUGAUA